AUGGUGACAACGGAUACCAGCGGCAGUCUUUCUCUUCUAUCAGGAAGUACUAUGGAAGGCCAAACUUAUGCGCGUCAUUUGGCGAAUCAAAAUAUUCAAGAUAUUGACAUUUUAAUCCACUGUGGCAUCAUCAAAUCUGAGAAGAAUCUCAUUGGAACAGGUGUUCCAGGAUUUGUUCGAAUUAGAUUUGAUGAUGGAAUAGAAGCUACAGGCAGUACGGAAUUUACAGCUCAAGACGGUGCUAAUGGUGUUCGUUGUCUAAAUGGAUUUCGACUCAAAGAAAAAAAUUGUACAAGUGAAACAACAAUCGGUGCUCCUUUAUCUUAUGUUCAGCGAACAGGUGAAACAUCAUCUGAUGCAUCUGGUGCAGCUGCAACACAAACUUUGAACUAUCAAACAAUUGAUAUCAGCAAACAGUUUCACGAUGCUCUUUUACACAUUGAACACCAGCGUGAUCAACUGAAUUUUGAUACUAUUCGAACGAAUUAUGUUCUAUUCAGUAAAGGCGUAUGUCAAUCCAUAGCUCAAUAUGCUUUGCCAUUAUACCGGACGCCGUACAAUGCAGCAAUGUUUGAAGAACAACAUAUCAAUGAUCAAACUUUUCGUGAUCUGUUCACUUUAGUCGGUCCUGCCUAUGACCAUAGUUUACCACAAGUGACUCUGGUCCGUAUUACAGCUCUUCUUGAUUUCUAUGAUAAAUAUGCCCAUAUUGGUAAUCCCAAUAAUAUUACGGAUAUGGCAGAUUAUUUUAAAUCUUGUGCUCCUGUCGAUGUUGAUCUUGUUCCUUCACUUCAAUUGAAGUUUUGGCCGACGGAUAUUCUACCUUUUCUAGAACGAAUCAAAAUUAAUCGUCCGAAAAUUUAUCGUUUGAUUAUAGAUAAAUCAUCGAUGCAUGUCAUUCCGAAAUGGUCAACAAAAACGCCACGAUGUGAUCGGGAGCUCGAGUUCCGUUAUUCAUUUUCAGCCGCUGAAUUGAUUCUCGCUCAACAACGUUCCAUCGAGGAACGUGUCUUGAAUGGGAUUGCACGAAGUAUCUAUUAUAAAUUUUUGAAAGGCCAAAAAGUAUCGGCACAGAACGUGAUACCGUCUUAUUUUGUUAAAACCACAGUAUUAUGGAUGUGUGAAACGAUGGAUUUCACUACUGAUAAUGAAGAAACAUUAGCCAAAAGAUGGCUCCGAUAUGCUGUCGAUCGAUUGAAUGAACGAGACUGUCCACAUUACAUUAUUCCUCAUUUGAACAUACUCGAACCGUAUUCUGCCGAAUCGUUACAAAAAGCUGUAGAGAUUCUAUUACAAGUCGAUGUCAAAGAGACUCAUGAAAUACAAAUGUUUUCUAGUACGGGUCAACAAUUCUAUCGGAACAAAUAUAAUCAGAAUCUUGCCGAGUUUUUUAGUCAAAUGAAAAUUAUGAAUAUCAUUAAUGCUCUACAUGAUUAUCGACAAUUUAAAAAAAUAUGGAUCAGUUUAGAUUCACAAUUGAUAAUUGAUGAUGAUGAAACAGAUAUGAACGAAACAUUGACUAUUCUCAAUUCAUUACGUGGAUUAGAUGGUGACUAUGAAAACUGGAAAAAAUUUCGAAAAAUAUUUUUAGCCUGUACACCGCCUUUGCCACCAAUUUGGGGUGAAACAGUGAAUGUUGACAGUGCUGCUGGUUUUGCGGAAGGUUUACUCAGCAUUGGCGUGAUUCUCACAUUUAUGAAUGAACAUGUCUCAUCGAACAACUUACUGUCUUCACAAGGCGCACAGUGUAAUAUGCAAGAUUUUCAAAAUUAUCAAAAUGUCAUUCAUCAAUAUUUAGAGCCACAAACACUUUAUUCCAGUUUACAAUCAACAUAUUCUUACUUGUACAAUCAAUCAGUAGACGCAUUUGAACGACGACGAUUAAUUGAUUAUCAUCCUUAUGGACCCAAAAUGCAACCAACUCAAGGCAGAGAAGAAAACAAUCUCUCUAAGUUAAUCAUGGAACUGUGUCAAUAUGCCCCUGAUGAACACAUAACCUUAAGAGAUGCCUAUCAACAACGGCUGCUGAAUACUAUGACAGAUGAUGAACUGAUAGCUCUUGCUAUUCAGAAGUCCAUUGAUGACCAAGGCGGUUCAACAUGA